UACUGGCACCUUUUUUUUCUUCUUUUUAACAAAAAAAAGUACUGCACUUAAGUAUCUGUGUAAAAUUACAGAAAAAUGCAAACUGCUGUUUAUUUAAAGACCCACAUCUCUUGCUCUCCCAUGCUGGAGGUUAUAGCCAUAUCACGUAUUUUACAUUUGAUCAUAAAAUGCUCACUUUCGAAAUUGUGCCCAUGUAAUUGUAUUAUGGUCAUACUUGUCUGUUCUCACUUUUCAGAUCUGAGACUUGUUCAUAUUUGUUUUAGGAAAAUAUGUCGAGCCUCUGUGGAUGGGGAUGCUGUAGAAGGCCUUCGAGAAAAUGAUUACCUUGUGAUUCAUUCAUGUCGGCAGUGGACAACAAUUACAGCUCAUAGUCUGGAGGAGGGUCAUUAUGUCAUAGGGCCAAAGAUAGAAAUCCCUGUACAUUAUGCAGGGCAGUUUAAGCUGCUGGAACAAGAUCGAGAUAUUAAGGAGCCAGUGCAGUAUUUUAACAGUGUGGAGGAGGUGGCUAAAGCAUUUCCUGAACGAGUUUACGUCAUGGAGGAAAUAACAUUCAACGUUAAGGUGGCUUCAGGUGAGUGCAAUGAAGAUACAGAGGUUUAUAAUAUCACCCUGUGCACUGGGGAUGAGCUCACUUUAAUGGGACAAGCGGAAAUUCUCUAUGCAAAAACUUCCAAGGAAAAGUCCCGACUCAACACCAUCUUCAAAAAAAUUGGGAAACUUAAUUCCAUCAGUAAACUGGGCAGAGGCAAAAUGCCAUGUCUCAUCUGCAUGAACCAUAGGACCAAUGAAAGCAUUAGCCUUCCUUUCCAGUGCAAGGGCAGAUUUAGCACUCGCAGUCCACUUGAGCUACAGAUGCAAGAAGGUGAGCAUACAAUUCGCAAUAUAGUAGAAAAAACAAGGUUGCCUGUUAAUGUAACUGUGCCAAGCCCUACACCAAGAAACCCUUAUGACUUGCAUUUUAUCCGUGAGGGGCACAGAUACAAAUUUGUCAACAUUCAAACCAAGACUGUGGUGGUUUGUUGUGUGCUACGUGGUAACAAAGUUAUUCCAAUGCAUUUUCCCUUGCACUUGACUCUUCCAAAGUUUAGCCUCCCAGAAAGCCUUGUGAAAGGAGAGCUAUGGCAUGAAACUUUGGUCCAGCACUGGUUCAAUAUCUGCCAGGAACAGUUUGACAUAGAUGAAUAUUCCCGUGCCGUGCGAGAUGUGAAAACGGACUGGAAUGAAGAUUGUAAGAGCCCUAAGAAAAGUCGGUGUACUGGGCACAAUCAUGUGCCCAGUUCUCUCAGCUAUGCCCGGGAUGAACUAACGCAGUCCUUUCACCGGCUGUCAGUUUGCGUUUAUGGAAACAACUUACAUGGAAAUAGUGAGGUGAACCUUCAUGGGUGCAGAGACUUGUGUAGCGAAUGGGCCCUGUUUCCUCAUGAUGCUCUUCAAUAUCAGGACUCUGGUGAUAGUAGCAGUGACUACCUUUUUCCUGAAGUUAGUGAAGAAUCAAUGUUUCUACCUGCAAAAUCAGAACUCCCUUAUGAAGAACUGUGGCUGGAUCAAGAGUCUGGGAAGCCCAACGAUCAGCCUCUUACUCGCUCUUUAAGUGAAAAAACCAAAUGUGAUAAUUACAGAAGUUCUUUCCGAUCAAAGUGCGGUACAGCAUCUGUUCCUCUACCUGGAACGCUAGCAGCAGCAACAAAACCUUCAGAUGUUUCCCUACCUCCGCCUCCAGUGCCUCCCAAAUCAGAAGCUGUAAGAGAGGAAUGCAGGCUCCUCAAUGCUCCACCUGUUCCACCUCGAAGUUCAAAGCCCUUGUCCACCAGUCCUUCCAUUCCUCCUCGCACAAGCAAACCAGCCCGGCAGCAGACUCGCUCUCCGAGUCCUACUCUGUCCUACUAUUCUUCAGGACUGCACAACAUUAUCACAGAAGGUGAUACAACAAAUCCAACUGAGACUGUCCCUAUUUCUUGUUACCCUUGCAACAUGAUGAAAACUGAAUCAAAAGAGCCUGACAGCAAGAUAACUUUUGGAAGCCCAUCUGCUGAAACUCUGCCUUCUAGGUUGUCCUGGCCAAACCAUUUUUCUGUAGCUGCUGAGGGCUCAAAUAAGAACAAUUUUCUGCUGGAUCCAAGCAGAAGUUAUAGUUAUCCCAGGCAGAAGACUCCAGGCACACCAAAGAGAAACUGUCCAGCUCCUUUUUCUUUUGACUUUGAUGGGUGUGAACUCCCUGCUGGGUAUGCUCAGUUGGCAACAGCAGAGUUCAGCAGCACCUUCUCCAGUUGUCCAAAGUCAGCAAGCUACUCUUUAGAAUGUACUGAUGAGAAAAAUCUAGCAGGCAGCAACGCAAAGCAGAGUCAUUCAUGCCCUGCCUUACCUCCUCGUGCACCAAAAUCCAAUGAUGAGAAGACCGUUCUAAAUACAUGUCCUUUGCCUCUGAAAAUAGAUGGUGCUGAGGAAGAAUCUCAGACUGGUUCGCCAGACCUCUCAGAAGAUCAAUUUCCUGUUAAAAAGGGCAUGCAGGACAUUUUCUCUGUUUCUUAUCCUUUUUCAUCCCCCCUACACCUUCAGUUAGCACCAAGGUCUUGUGGUGAUGGCUCUCCUUGGCAACCACCCACAGACCUUUCUGGGCUUUCAAUAGAGGAAGUGUCAAAAUCUCUGAGGUUUAUUGGUUUAUCAGAAGAUGUCAUAUCAUUCUUUGUUACAGAGAAGAUUGAUGGCAAUUUACUGGUUCAGCUUACAGAAGAGAUCCUUUCUGAGGACUUUAAGCUAAGCAAGUUGCAGGUUAAGAAAAUACUGCAAUUCAUUAAUGGCUGGCGGCCGAAGAUGUAGUCCAGUGAUUCUCUGGUGUUUAGCAAACGUAUGUGAGAGAUGUGCUAGAAGUGCUGGGGCUAGUACGUCAUUUCCUGUUUUUGCACUAAAAGCCCUUUCUGUAAAUAAUAGUGGAAGAAAUUCUUACUAUGCAGAUAAAGUUUUAAUGUGGUGACAAGAUUUUUAUGUCAAUAAAAAUGUAGAGAACCCAUAGAAGUGUGCCUUGUGCAUCACUGAACAUUCAGCAGCUGCUAAAAACUGGACAUUAAGAGAAUUCAUUUUUACUCAUGUAGUCUGUCAAGACAUGGUAUUUAUUACUGAACAAUUAAUCUGAAAAAUCACACACAAAUCCAGUUUGUGUUAACAGCCAAACAAACAAACAAAAACAUUUCUUCUAAGGUUAUUUCUGUUCAGAUUAUUGGCAACAUGCCAUGUCUUAGUUUUUUUCCUUUUCUACUGCUAAUAAAGUAUAUGAUGAAAUAUAUAAAACAUCAUUUUUAAUAUUAUAUUUGAACUUUUUAAAGAGUUUUAAAACAUCUUUUGAAAUGCCACUAAAACGAUAUAUUUGCAGGAUAAUUUUACCAAAAUAUCUUCAUGACUACCUAGACAAAUUUGCCAUGUUACUGCUUCUGAGUAAAAUAUUUAUAUAUAUAUAUGAAAUAAAUAAAGCUUAGUGUUCCUGAAAAUAAAGAGCCUGCUUAUCUAGUUGACCAUGGGGGAACUUGUUUGCUACUAUGAACCAUUCUGCUCUUGCCAUAAACUAAUUAAGAGUUCAUGAUCCAUAAAUUUCAAAAGGUGCUUUGUUGUCCAGUAGGUCACUUAAUAAUAUGACCACCAGGUCAUGUCAAUUUCUCACGGGAAAGGCAGUUUUACUUCAACUCAGUUCACAUGUUUCUUUGGCAGAACCCCAUGUGGCAUGUAGUAAGUUGAGUCUUUUGUUAAAUCUCACAUUCCACGUCCCUCUCAUCAGUUUGAUCAUCCUUACUGUUAUGAUGAAUUCCAUGAACCCAUCCAGACUCUGCAAUGAGCUCUGUGCAGGCUGAUACUGACCCUUGUAUAGAGUCCCCCUGAAAUAAAUCAUUGCUGAGGUACAAAAGCACACAAACUCCCUGUAGCAGUAUGGACACUGAAAUUUAGAGAGGAUUAAAUACACUGGGUGAGAUUCUGUGCUCUUUCUCUAGGGCCUUGCCAACACUAAUGCUGGGAGUUGACGUAAAUUACAUAAGUUGACAUAGCUUACACUGAUGUACAGAAGUGUCUACACCAUGCUAUGUCAAUAGGAGACACUCUCCUGUCAACCUAGAUUCUGCUUCUUGUGGUGGUGGUUUAAGUCAAUAGGAGAGCACUCUCCCAUCGACUUACCACAUCUUCACUAGACCCAUUAAAUCGAUGCUGCUGCAUUGCUCGCAGCAGCACAGAUGCAGUUUGUGUUGAGGACAACCCCUAACACCCAGCACACAACUCGGGAAGCCUUGGGAGGGUGAAGUGACUUACAGCAACUUUUUCAUCCUUUCCAACUCUGGGCUGUUUGGGGUGCAAAAUGAACCUGACCAGUAACUUAGGCAGCCUUCAGCAGCCUGUCACUUUCUGCUUAUGAGCAGCAGGGUGGCUUAUGAUCUGUAAAGCCUACCCCCACCUGCCUUGUCAUGCCCUGCAUUGUCUCACCCUUAUGCCAGGAUUUGCAAGGUGGUCUUCAAGAGCCUGUGACUAUCCUCAAUUCCUGCCCUAGGGGAAUUCUCACCCGGCUAGACCCAACCAUGUUAGUGUCUUAACAUCUCUCUGCCUUGUUCACCUGGAGUGCAAGGGCCUGAGCGGGGGUGAGGAUGUCCUCCAAUAUUUAUAUUUUUGACACUCAGAAAAAGAACUUUUGCUAUUGAGAGGAGAAUAGUGGACCCAGAGAGCAGACAAAAGUUUGAGAAACUGACUGUCUUCUCAUCCACUCAGGGAAAGGGGUGUUUAUAAACAAUCAAUAUGCUGCCUUUGGGUACGUCUAAACUACAUGGCUCCGUCGACGGAGCC